GACGUGCGGACGUAUUUUAUAAACGGGAAAAAUCCGCUCCUUCCUCCUUCUCCUGAUCUUCCUUGUCUAAAUUUCGCCUCCGUUGUGUGUGUGCGUUUGUGUACACGUAUAGGGAUUUGCCUGCAAGCAAUCUUCCACUUGUUCGGAACGGAGAUCCUAACCGUUGGACAGAGAGAACCCGUCGUGUUCUUCGAACCGUGUCGCGUCGUGCAAACGAUCGUGCAGCGCGUGUGCGUGUGCCUAACGAAGACGUUGUGAAUUUUUCACCGGAGGAUUCUCCGUCACGGAUGAUCACACAAUCGGGGGGGGAUGUUUAAUAGAAGAAUUAGAUGCGAAGCGAAAUGUGAGUGCAACAGCUUCAGUCCGAGCGAUGGUGUAGCAGUUUCCACCGAGGUGCGAUCGAGAUCGUUUGGAGCGGUUUUCCCGAAAUACCGAAUUUUCACUGCGAAGUAUGUCCAACCAUAGACCAUAGUCGGUUAGAGUGCGCGCGCGGACGACGGAGGAAACAGAUUGAGCGUUGGAUUUAUUGGUGCAGAUGGUGAUGUACGCUCCGGCGAAUGGUACGAAAAUUUUCAUUGCGCAAAAAAGUGAUAAAACUUGAAAGGUAUUUUUCGGCAAUCCCAAAAGUCUGGUUCGGUCGGCUGGGGGAGAAUGUAGCACUUUACGGCAGAAAAGAGCGAACGAGAAAAAAGAGGCCAAGAGUGUUGGUGAAAAGAAAAAAAAAGUGGAAAUAAAUUGAAAUUCGUAAAUUUUUUUUCGAGAAAACAUCAACAGCGUGAAAAUAAAGCAGAAAACUGCAGGCAAGCGAGCGAGAACAACGAGAAGAAAAUCGACAAGUGCUUUUGUGUGAGGACGGGAAUAGAUCGGCAAAGAAUGCGUGCUAUAUUCACAUUGCUCGAGUGAUCCGGUGAUCGAUAUCGUCCAGUGAACAGUAGUGUUGAUUCUAUAAAACAGUUGUGUGCGAUAUUCAGCUAUGUAAUGCAACGGAAAAAUGUGCAAUCGAUUGGAGGAAGGUUGCUAAAAAAGUUGAUCAUUUGCAGUAGAAAUAGUGAUAAUUGAUAUCCAUUGUGUGGUUGCCAUGGAGAAGGAAAAAAUAGAGAAGAUGAAGGUGAGCCGUAAACGAUCGUCGGAUUACAAGCGGGAGAACUUGCCGACACCACCUCCGGAUCCGACCAUAACGCUCCCGUCAUCGCUUAGCGUGGAAAAUGUACCUGAAGCAAGCGCAGAUUCUAGUCUGGAUAGUGACCCGUUCAAGCGACUCUUCAGUUACACCGACCGCGAGUCCCAGUUCUUAAAGCUGUUAUGUGAUAGUGAUACCAGUUCUAGUCUAAACAAAAUGCUUCACCCAAGUGCUGCAGCAAGCGUGGAGAGUCAAGCAGGGGUAAGCGAUUGUACCGUUGUGGGACCUCCGCCACCAUCGUUACAGUCGCCACUCUCGAUAGAAGGCAGCGACAUGGCGUUUGAAUCGCCAAAUGACUUUCUGAUGCUGCUGAACCGUUCAGGCCCAUCGGUUGCAGCCGCACUUUCCACCAAAGGAGCCCUCGAUCAGCUUGAUCGAAUGCACGAUCUCAUCAAACAGCUGCUUUCACUGCAGGAGCAAAACAUGCGAAUGCACUGGCAGCUGAAGAAUGUGGAAACACUGCGGAAGCUCAAGUUGAUACAAAAUUCGAUGAACAAAGAUCCGGAGGCGUUUCUGAUCGGCACACAGCAGCAAGAUGAAAACUCGGAGAACGAUUUGCUGGACAACGAGAUUGAGCAAAACUUGGCCAUGCUCGAAACAAUACUAGCUGCUGGAAAUACGGCCAGCAAUAAACGGAGCAAUUCAAAAAGGGAGCGAAGCAAGUCGGUAGUCAACGAGGAAAUCUCCAGCUUUCUGUACAGUGGGGGAAGCAAAGAUAGUGGCCGGAAUUACCCGCUGCGACGCCAAAGUGCUAUCUCUGAUUUCAAACCAAAGGUAUCCAAGUGGACGAAGGUGAAGGCGGCCUUCAAGUGGGAGAAAACAAGUGCCCUGCCAGGAAACGACGGAAAGGCUACGGAAGCGAUGAUGAUUCCGGUCAAUAGCGACAUUGCACGCUAUUUGCGCGUCCCAUCCGUGCCCUGUGUUGGCAGUUCCGGUGAUUCAGUAUUUAGUUCCUCGUCAGGCAUCGUCGUCAGUGGAGGUUCGGCGCCGGGGACCCCCGGCGAAAACAGUUUGGCCAGCUCGGCAGAGGAUCUCGCCGAUAUGGUCGACGAAAGCCGAGGCGGUGCUAGAACUCUCAAACGUGACUCGGUGAAAAGCAUCGACCGCCCUCGUUCGCACGAUGAGGACUCCCGGCGAAGUAAAUCUCUCGACGGAGAUGCCAUUUUGGAUCCGAUACGACAGAUGGAUAAGGGCAAGAACAAGUCCGCCUGGAGUAAGGUGAAAGGUAUCGUCAAGAAUCACCGGGGUUCGCUCAAGUCAAAUAGCUCACGACGGAACACCAAAUCUCCCAACAGUGUGGGUUGCAGCCGAGAGGCAAGCCCGUGUGAUUCGGUUGAAGCCUGCGAACUUCAACGGUCGGAUUCAUUCUCAUCCAGUCAAACUUCUCCGGGUCAUCGGAACAAUACGCCCACUUUUCUGGCCAUUCCGCCCGGCGAUAACAAUAGCUGUCCCAAUUCCCCCUGUGGCUCACUUCCGGCCACGUUCUCCAGUGAUGACGGCAAUGACGGUAGGACGGAGUGCAAACUGGGACGCAGUGGUAGUGGAGAUCGAACCGCGUCGUCAUCAGGGGCUGGAAAAGAUUCCAGCAUUAGCCGAAAUUCGCGGAAAAGCCGACACAUACCGGAGAUCGAAUCCGUACCUGAAGGGGUUCCUGUGGAAUCCAAAAGUAGCAGUAUUAGCAGCAAGACGAGAAAGUCUCCUCCCAAGCCGCUUAGCUUACGCCAGGAAACGUUGGAUGUUGGAGACGGAGCUGCAGCUGAAUUGUCAGUUUCUUCACCUGGGUUCCAGAAAGAUCACACAAAGCACUCCCCGAAGCGAAAAACUUGUGCAGAUGGUAGCGGAUUAGGUGGUGGUGGAGAAGCGUCUGUUCCGGAAAGUCCUAGCAAAAUGUAUGGGUUUUUCGAGGGUGAAAUGGAGGAUUUUUCGAGUGAGGAAGUGUCGGACCAGAAUACGUUGCACCGAAAGCCUUCACCGAAGGCCACGUGUCUCCAGAGACAGCGCGAGGAGAUCGAACGAGGAUAUAUGGAAUUGCAGAAGAAACUUCAGCGAGAAUUUGACGCCAAGCAGCAAGAAUGGGAGCGGCUGAGGCCCGCUGCUCUGCUGCUUACCAACAGUCCAAUUUUUCUUUUAGUAAACCAAAUGCUGAAGGAGGAAGCUCCAAGCAGCCCAAAGCGAGAUCAACAGGGCCCAAUGGUUGAGGAGAAUCUUUCGCCAGAUUUUAAGAAGAAGCUGGACGAAUGGCGAAUCAAGCAUCAGCCACCACCGAAGAAAGAAUCUCAUUCAAACACGCCGAAAGAUUCCCCAAUGGACCAAAAGAAAAAACCGGUAACCGAUUGGCAACUGUGGAAGACGGGUCAAAUUAAACUGGAUGGACAGGGUUUAGCUCAGUUGCCGAAUGCAAAGGAUUUGCCGGAAGAUUUCCAGAAAAAGCUAUCUGAAUGGAAACAAAUGAAGGCAGCCAACAAGGUUCCAUCUGGCGCAGUCCAGACAUCGCAGUCAGGAGGAGGUGGUGAACCAUCGACAAAACGACAGCCGUCCAAAACUACCGGCGCGAUCGCGAAGAAAACUAAACCCACAGAGGAACACAAGGGCGAGGGAUUGUCCAAGCUGAAGGCGCUGGUUACGAGCACAGAUCACCCGAAGAAGGAACUGGUCGUUCAAACGACGAAAGGGUUCAUUAAGUUCGAAGGCAUAUCGAGAAAGUUUACGCGACGAUUAUUUGAAUGGGAAAAGGCGAAGGGAAUCGGACCAGAGGCGUCAACAAUAGCGUUGCUGCAUCCAGGCUAUGCGCCAGUGAUCAUCGAGAAUCGUGGCGAUGUUUCGGAAGCGAAGCGAGAAAAAUCACCAGGUCUUGGUCGAUCGCUGUCGAUGGAUAGUAUUUCACCGAACCCACCGUCGCAAUCGAUAUCGCAUCAACCAUCCAGUCUUUCGUUGAACGAUGCUGAUGAGCUGAAGGAGAGCAACGGAAAGGAUUCGGCAUCCAAUCGGAGGGUUUCAUCCAAUCCGGAGCUCGAGCUGUCUGUGGAACGUGAGGAGCCCCGUGCGGUGCUGGUGGAAGUCGAGGAUGACAUACAGGAGGUCGUUGAUCCUCUAUCUGCUACUGCUGCUGAUUCAAAAGAACGUCCCACAAUCGGUCAGAACAAAAACAACUCUGACCGCGUUUCAAGGCCUUCUAGUAGCAGCAGUACGAUCCUGAAAGAUUCCACCAAACUUCUGAUAAAGCUCCGUGAACAGGACUCUGUCGAUCGGGAUGAGGUGCGACGGCUCAAAAUAGUGCUUCGGGCAUUGAUCGCUACUCUGCCGGAGUUCGUUGAAACCGGCUCGCGUGAUAGUAUUGCAUUUUUCUCCUAUAUGAAAGAUCUCGCGAUGGAAAUUCUACGCUAUCUGUAUCGGUUCGAUGAUGGGUCGCUUCGGGAUCCAUCAGAAGUUCUAGAGAACGUUCAAAUCAUCAACUCUCAUGUAGCGGACCUGAAGAAAUCGUUGCAUUCGUACAUGAAAUAUGCAUCGGGUGCAUCGACACGAACCGACGAGGACAUACCGAAGAUCAGUAUUACACCGGCUGUUGGAGCGCAAGCCACCAGCUCGAUACAGAGGUCUACCGAUGGUCUCAGAAGCAUGGCCACGAUCAAUGUGACGCCAACGUUUGUAUGCAACGCCGUGAAGGUAAACAAAUUGGACACCACAAAGACUGAGGUACGGCUUUUCCCCGUCAGUUCCGAGUCGGACCCAGUUCCGUUGACUUCACAAUCGCCCGAUUCAUCCACCUAUGUGGAAGGAAGCUUUCCCGAAGAUCGAAGCUGCGAUCGCGAGAGCAAAAAAAUCGCUCGCAAUCUGAGUAACGGCUCGCGGAAAAAAACACGAAUCAAGCGAAUGGGCUCACGGCAGAACAGCAAAACCGAAAGUGAUAGUGACGACAGUCCAACAAACUACGUGCUCGACAUUCCUAGGAAAACUAAGCGCAAAACGAGUCGAGCGAAGAAGCCGUCAGAUUCGACGGAAAAGCUCCCCCAGCAACAAGCGGAGGAUGUCGUUUACGUCCUCAAAAUCAAACCAAAUUCAAAAACAGACCAACAGCAGCGGUCAUCCGCUGCUGCACCGGUUGCGUCCGUCAGCGUGACCGGAGAAAUCCUCAUAUCGCCAACGGAAACUUGCGUCGAGUUGCUCGAGCCUCAAGCCGCCGCUGUCACGAAUACAUCGACAACUGUCAACUGCACGGCGAGCGUGUUGGUGAAAACAAAACGAAAAAUAUUCACCACUGUCGAGGGGGAAUCCACGAACGGUGGCACAGCAAACACCACCUCGGUGGUGGUAAGCCACGAGCUCGAAUCGUCAAGCACAUCGGAUCGGAAUGACCGACCAGAGCCACCCAAAAACGACCAGAAGCUGGUGACCAAUUUGCCUCCCCUGCCACAAUCUCCGAGCACUCAACGAAGGCUGGAGCAGCAGAAAAGUGUGCCAAUCAAAGAACUGUCACCCAACAUUCGGCUCAUGAUUGCCAAAUACAACGAACGUUUGUCAUCGGAACGGACGGGCAACUCACCGCAAAGUUCGGGAUCCGGCUCUCCGGUGGCAUGGAGAUCACCGGUGCUCGAUCGACGCGUGAGAAAGCAAACCGAGCGAUACCAGGAGAAUAUUGGACAGCUGUCCAAGUCGGCAAGCGCAGGAAGCCUACGAAAAUCGCUGAAGCAACUUGAGCUGGAACAGAAAGCCCGGGAGUCCGACAAGAAUGACUGUCCGGUCGUUAGGGUGAUGAAAUCAUCCAGCACGGGAAUGAUCGAGAGCGGACGACAGAGAGGGGAAUGCAGCAAUGCGGACGAGGGUGAGCACAGCGAUUCACCGCGAAUGACUUUCUUGGCGUACGAUAGUCUGAGAAGGCGCGAUACAUUGGCCCGAAUGGAACGGAAGGACCCGGAAGAGAGCAGCAAGACCAACAGGACGGAGACUCUGAAGAAAGAGCGACUCUACAAGAAACGGACAGAGUCCCCACAGGGGGGCGCUGGAAAGGGAGCGAUCAGGAAGGUGUCCAGAGAAAAAUAUACCAGGUGCCGAUCGGUUCCCGGGGAGGAUGUUGCGGCAGAGUGUUACGACGAGAGAGUUGCUAGGGAUGGAGCGAACCCUGCCAGUCCUCGAAUGACAUCUAGGAAAAAAUUUACGCACCAGCAUUCAACGCGAUCGGCUCCAGCUACUCCGGUGGACGAGGAGAAAACAAUUGGACCGAUGAGCCAACGAGCGUUGAAGUUGAAAAGGGCCAAAGAGGAGUUCUUGCGAAGCAGUUCAGCGGCUAGGGUGGAAGAGCAAAGGCAACACAUGUGGAAUAACCGUAUUAGUCAGAUUAGCACGGCCAGCGCAAGUAGCGCGGAUGAUAUGGGUCUGAUGAAGAGUGCUAGUGCGGGUAUAAUUACCAGUGCUAGUACCGGCGAUGGAGAAGACAGUCAACAGGAGAGUUACUACGAAUCACUGCCGAGAAACGUUUCCGGGGGAUCGAUGGUGGGAUCGACAGGUGAAGAGAUUUCAUCGAGGACGGUGAGUGCCCAUAGUAGCAGUAGUAGUAGAUUUGGUCUGUCGAAUUUGGCGUCGAAAUUAAGGAAAGUUAAACUCAGGAGAAGCAGUAAGGACUUGAGCAAAAUGAAUGCAGUUUCCACCUUGUGUCGCCAGAGUUUGAUGGUGGAUAUCAGUGGUGAAGCGAUGAAGAUGGGUAGUGUGCAGAACCUGGGACAGAAUUCGAGCGAACGAGGCGGUGAAUCUCUUAAGAAGUCUGGUAGCGUGCAAGCAAUAUGCAACCGGUUUCGGAAGAGUAACGAGCGAAACGAAGAGCUGAAGAAAAGUAGGAGUUUAGGAUACCUUGAGCCAGACUCAAAAGGGUAAUAGUUAUGAAGACCUUAAACGCGAUAGUAUUACAUGGAGUCCUCAAGAUAUAAUUUAUGAGUUCAUAAGCGAAUCUGGUGCAAUCAAAAAACUACAGGAAGUGUAAUUUUCCUGACAUGUUUUGACGCAUACUGUCCAAACUGUGACACGAAUUCUCGA